GGCGCCGCUGCAGGACUCCGCCGUGUAUCUGGCGUCGCUGGAAAGAAGACUGAUGAGAAUUAAGGGUUUGUCUCAGGAAGUGACCUCCAAGGACAUGCUGCAUACUCUUGCCCAAGCAAAGAAAGAAUGCUGGGAUAGGUUUCUGCAGGAGAAAUUUGAGUCUGAAUUUUAUAUUGAAGAACACGAAUCUGAUGAGAGCACUCUGGAAUAUUUAAAGCGGUGGCUCCACCCUGACAAAGUAGCAAUCAGCACUGAAGAAGUCCAGUGCCUAAUUCCUCCAGAAUCUCAUCCGGACAAGCAAGAAGAUGAGGAAGAACCUCCAGCAGCAGAACAGUGAAAUGCACUCCAGACAUGUCAAGCAGUGCCUCCUGUCCAGGGACCAAUAGAGUUCAUUCAGUAGCAGUAACAACAGAUUGGGAGAGGAAAAGUGCCAGUUAUUGGUCAGUAAGCUAUUGGCCUUCGCAGAACGAACUUUGUGACUAGUGGUUGGUAUGGGCAGGGGCGAAGUGCUCUGCAACUCAGUGCAUGCUGGACCUAGAUCUUACUUUUUAUCUCUAUCUCCCAUCUUGUAGCAAUCUAGCCAUUCCAGAUUUAAAGGCAGUUGUUUGUAAUUUACCAAGAGGAGUACAAAGCUUAAAGUGGCUGUUCGGAAGUGUCAGAAAAUCUGAUACUAUACAAUGGAGCAGAUUGAAAUCUUAACAACAGUCAUUUCUGCCUUAUUGGACCUCUUUCUGUAGUUAUAUAUUUCCCAGAAUUACCCUUUGGCUGCUAGCUUCGUGGGCUUUAUUCAGGCAUUGAUCCUUUUCAGCAAGUUGCACUGUGAUGUAAAACUGCACAAUUUGUGUCUGAGUUGGCUCUGAACUGUGUCUUGGAGAGGUAAGAAAUGUAAGUCAUGCCCAGGUUGGGGGGCAGACUGAAGGAGACCCUACUCUCAAACAACUGUUACAGAAGUGUAUUUAACAUUCCCUCUUCUUGUAACAUGCUGGACUAUCAUGUUCAUCAGACAGUCUGAUCUGGAAAGAAUUACUGUAUGCUCUGCUCUGUGUGUCUGUCCCUCCAUUCCUACUCUUGUAACCAUGGAAAGGGACAGACCUGAUCAAAAUCAGGAAAGCAAAUGUAACAUUGGGGGUUGCGAGUAAGCAGCUUACUGCUUUUGUGUUAAAUAGUUCUAUAUGAGACUACCUUUUAAGCCUGUUCUUUUUACAUAAAUUUACUUUGUCUUUUGAUCCUUUGUUGCCUAUGCAGAAUUGUCCCUGUAAUUCUUAUUGGAAUGAGUCUUGACUCUUACUGUGUAGCUGCAAUUUCUCUUCUGUGAUUUGGCAAUAAAAACAAGCAGAGAAUAGCAGCCUGCACCUGCUGCUGAGGACAGUUCUUAAAGGAAAACUAGCAAUUAUUUCUUAUGCUUUAUAGAGCUGGAUCUGCAUUUGGA